AUGACGACUGGUAAACCGCUGUGCUCGGUAGCGCUUCGCAUCGAGAUCAAUGCUACCUACACCCUGAGUGGCCACAAGAGGCAGGCAGCUAGGAGCCACAACAUUCAACAUUCAGAUUCGCGAUCUGUGAGCGUGUGUACCUUCCUAGUUGCAUGACAGCACUGGUGACUCUGACUCACGAAUUCUCACGACUGCAGCGCGCGCCCCCAUUCUGCGCGACACUCACGACUCUGACUUUGACUCAACCCUGCGCAGCGCCACGCAACACACCGUAGCCAAAAUUAA